AAGAAAACGAAACUGAAUCCUAUCAGUGUUCGUGGUAAAAUGGCAGAAGCCAGUGUUGCAGUGGAUCUGAGCCAGUUCAGCUGCCCAAUCUGUCUGGAUCUACUGAAGGAUCCAGUGACUAUCAACUGUGGAAACAGUUACUGUAUGAGCUGCAUUAAGAGCCACUGGGAUCAGGAAGAUCAUGCUGGAGUUUACAGCUGCCCCCAGUGCAGACAGACCUUCACACCCAGACCUGUUCUGGGCAGAAACACCAUACUGGUUGAAGUGGUGGAGAAACUGAAGAAGACUGGACUACAAGCAACUACUCCUGCUGACCAUUAUGCUGGACCUGGAGAUGUGGAGUGUGACGUCUGUACUGGGAGAAAACACAAAGGAAAGUCCUGCCUGGUGUGUCUGGCCUCCUACUGUGAAACUGACCUGCAGCUUCACAAUAAACUCCACCACACAAAACAACACAAGAUCAUUGAUGCCAUCAGCUAUCUGAAGGACAAGGUCUGUUCCCACCAUGACAAAGCCCUGGAGAUCCACUGCCGUACCGACCAGCAGUGUAUCUGUUAUCUCUGUAUGCUGGAUGAACACAGAGGCCAUGAUACAGUCUCAGCUGCUGCAGGAAGGCCGGAGAUACAGAAACAAAUGGGAGAAACACAGAAGGAAUUUCAGCAGAGAAUUCAGAUGAGAGAGAAGGAGCUGCAGGAGCUGAGAGAGGCUGUGGACUCAUUCACAAGCUCAGCACAGUCAGCAGUGGAGGACAGCGAGAGGAUCUUCCUUGAGAUUAUCCGCUCCAUUAAGAAAAGACGUUCUGAUGUGAAAGAGCUGAUCAGAGAUCAGGAGAAGGCUGCAGUGAGUCAAGCUGAAGGACACAUGGAGAGACUGGAGCAAGAGAUUGAUGAACUGAAGAGGAGACAAUCUGAGCUGGAGCAGCUUUCACACACAGAGGAUCACAUCCAUGUCCUCCAGAGGUGCCAGGAUGUUCCUGUCACCCCUGAAGCUGGAUUUGGACCCAGAAUAUCAGUCAGUUCACAAAGCUGUUUUGGGAAUGUGAGGAAGGUCAUUUCUGAACUGAAGGAUCAACUGGAGAAUGUUUGCGAAAAAAAAACAGCAGAGAUCCAUCACACAGUUACCAAAGACACCAUCCCACCAGUAUCUGUGCCCACGACCAGAUCAGAAUUCUUACAAUCUACUGAAGUGACCAUGUCACCUGUAUCUGUGCCCAGGACCACAGCAGGAUUCUUACAAUCUACUGAAGUGACCAUGUCACCUGUAUCUGUGCCCAGGACCACAGCAGGAUUCUUACAAUCUACUGAAGUGACCAUGUCACCUGUAUCUGUGCCCAGGACCACAGCAGGAUUCUUACAAUACUCCUGCCAGCUGACAUUGGACCCCAACACAGCCCACAGAUGCCUGUCUCUGUCAGAGGGGAACAGGAAGGUGACAUGGGGGGCAGAGCAGCCAUAUCCUGAUCAUCCAGAGAGAUUUGACUGGUGGGACCAAAUUCUGUGCAAAAAGAGUUUUACUAGUCACGCUUACUGGGAGGCUGAGUGGAGUGGAGGUGGAGCUGAAAUAGGAGUGACUUAUAAAGGAAUCGGGAGGAAAGGAUGGAGUGAUGACUGUCGGCUUGGAAUGAAUGACAAGUCAUGGAUGCUGAGCUGCUCUCCUUGCCGUUACUCUGUCUGGCACAAUAAUAAAGAGAUUGACAUACCCAUAAAGCCCUCAGACUCCCGCAGAGUAGGAGUGUAUCUAGACUGGAUGGCUGAUACUCUGUCCUUCUACAGAGUCUCCUCUGAAGGACUGACCCUCCUGUACAGCUUCACCGCCUCAUUCACUGAUCCCCUCUGCCCAGCGUUUUGGGUUUAUUAUACAAAAUCCUCCGUGUCGCUGUGCAUGCUGGGAUAGCUCACUGUGUGCUGGAGGAAUCAUUUUUACCUUAUCAGAGUGUCUCAUGUUGCUACUUUUCCACGGCAAAAGCUAAAAUCUCUGCUUUUUAACCAGUAUAACCUUUUUUACUCUGUAAGUUUAAUGCAUGUUAGGCAAAAAAAAAUAACUGGGUUCAGCAAGCUGAACAGACAUGUAAAAUGACUGUUUUUCUCUCUAAUUAAAAUGUCAUGAAACGUAAUCCUCAUGGGGGGUGGCGGCUUUUCCCCUCCCCUGUAUAAGUACAUUUUAUAUAUUUCUGUUUACAUUUGUGCUCUGUCAUAUUUGCUACCUGUACACUGACAAUAAAGGCUUCCUAUUCUAUCCCA